UCAUCUUGACAGCUUGACAACAGGUGUGUGUGCGCGUGUUUGGCUUUGUCGCCGUUGGAGAGAUAUUUUUGUUGGGUGUCGCUUGUGCGAUCGGCUGCGUUGCCGUGUUCAUUUCUUUCCUUCCCGCUCCUCCACCCUUUUGCAUACAUACCGUUGAUCUCGCCUCCCCGCAAGUCCCCUACAACAACCAACAACCAACACCGACACCAUGCGCGAAAUCGUCCACAUCCAGGCUGGCCAGUGCGGCAACCAGAUUGGUGCCAAGUUCUGGGAGGUCAUCUCCGACGAGCACGGCAUUGACCCAACGGGCACUGCCACGGGUGACUCGGACCUCCAGCUCGAGCGCAUCAACGUCUACUACAACGAGGCCACCGGCGGCAAGUAUGUGCCCCGCGCCGUCCUCGUCGAUCUGGAGCCCGGCACGAUGGACUCCGUCCGCUCCGGUCCCUACGGCCAGCUCUUCCGCCCCGACAACUUUGUCUUCGGCCAGUCUGGCGCCGGCAACAACUGGGCCAAGGGCCACUACACCGAGGGCGCCGAGCUUGUCGACGCCGUCCUCGACGUUGUCCGCAAGGAGGCCGAGGGCUGCGACUGCCUUCAGGGCUUCCAGCUCACACACUCCCUCGGUGGCGGUACCGGCUCUGGCAUGGGCACGCUGCUCAUCUCCAAGAUCCGCGAGGAGUACCCCGACCGCAUCAUGUGCACCUUCUCCGUCGUGCCUUCCCCCAAGGUGUCCGACACCGUCGUCGAGCCCUACAACGCCACCCUCUCUGUCCACCAGCUUGUUGAGAACACCGACGAGACGUACUGCAUCGACAACGAGGCCCUCUACGACAUCUGCUUCCGUACCCUCAAGCUCACCACCCCCACUUACGGCGACCUCAACCACCUCGUCUCCGCCUGCAUGAGCGGCAUCACCACCUGCCUCCGCUUCCCUGGCCAGCUCAACGCCGAUCUGCGCAAGCUCGCCGUCAACAUGGUUCCCUUCCCCCGUCUCCACUUCUUCAUGCCUGGCUUUGCUCCUCUCACCAGCCGCGGCUCCCAGCAGUACCGCGCCCUGACCGUCCCCGAGCUCACCCAGCAGAUGUUCGACGCCAAGAACAUGAUGGCCGCCUGCGACCCCCGCCACGGCCGCUACCUCACCGUCGCCGCCAUCUUCCGUGGCCGCAUGUCCAUGAAGGAGGUUGACGAGCAGAUGCUCAACGUCCAGAACAAGAACAGCUCGUACUUUGUCGAGUGGAUCCCCAACAACAUCACCACCGCCGUCUGCGACAUUCCUCCCCGCGGCCUCAAGAUGUCUGCCACCUUCAUUGGCAACAGCACCUCCAUCCAGGAGCUCUUCAAGCGCAUCAGCGAGCAGUUCACCGCCAUGUUCCGCCGCAAGGCCUUCCUUCACUGGUACACUGGCGAGGGUAUGGACGAGAUGGAGUUCACCGAGGCCGAGUCCAACAUGAACGACCUCGUCUCCGAGUACCAGCAGUACCAGGACGCCACCGCCGAGGAGGAGGGCGAGUUCGACGAGGAGGAGGAGGAGUACGAUGACUGAGCGCACUCGCUCCCUCGUCUGGGCCGUGCCAUGUGACUUUUUGUCUGCCUGCUUUGCUGGUGCACACCGCGGCAUGCCUUUGUCGUGGCGUGCACCUGUCUUGUGACGGACAAGCUCACGCCUGUCACGUGUCCCACGCUCCCUCUUUCUUGCUUGUUCCCCUUUGUCCCCCCCCCCCUGCGUUGUUGCUCGCUUGCUUACUGACUGACUGAGGUGCCUGUCUGUUGAUUUCGUUUCAUGCCCAACUCGCCCGCCAUUGUCGUUCCCCUCUGUCCUGUGUCAUGCAUGGCCUUGUCGUGCCAUCCCCACCCCUGCCUGCCUCCCACUGUCCCUGCCGUUUGUUCCCCUGAAUUGCUUGUUUAAACGAUGGCCCGUACACCGUUCAAAGGAGA